GUUUUAAACAAUUAAAAUGCGACUUUUAGUAAUGCUUGUAUUUAUGCUCAAACGUAUUUAAAAUAUUCAGUCACGAAUGAUUUUGUAUGAAGCUAGAGUACCUAACUUUUUUUUUCUCAAUAUUCCCUGUUUCUUUUUCCGUCGCCUAAAAUUUACUUGAACCCACUUAGACUGAUCUAGUCGGCGUUGUUUGGAGUUUCUAUUGAAUGCCAUAAUUUGAAUUUAAGAAAACUUUAUUUUACGGACUGGUUGCUAUUACGAAGACUUUAAAACGUCUCUCUAUUUUCAUAAAGUUGGUUUGUUUUUUAUUAUUAACAAUAACAUCCUCAUGAAGUCUUUGGAAAUUUUUUUCCAAAACACAAUUGAGCAGAAUAAAUUUGUUAGUAUUACGUUCAAGAAAAGAAAAUGAUAAUGAAAAAAGAAACAGUUUUUAUAUUAUAUAUUGUUUCAGCUUUUGGGAGUAAUAUUCUUUGGAAAGAAGGAGAUUUGAAUGUUGGAUACGAUUUCGAAUCACAAAAUGAAGAAAAUAAUAUUCAUGUUGGUUUUAAAGAUACUUUAAGAGUAUCAGAAAUCCAAAAGCAUGGCAAUUAUUCGUUGCUGUGGAAAUGGAAAAAUAACGACAAACUUCAUAUAGAUUUAUCAAAUCAAAUAAAACAAUAUAACACCCUGAAGCAAGCAUGUGGAAUUUAUUUUUGGCUUUUUCAAAAAAAGUCAAUCAGAGGAAAACUAAAGGUGGUCCUCCAUAAUCCUUUUAAUGAAACAUAUCAAUUUUUUGUGAACUUAUAUUUUAAAAACUGGCGUGCUGUAGCUAGAACAUUUCAAGUUUCUGAAAAAAAAUAUCUUUACAAUUUUUACAAUAUAAACUUUGAAGUUGAUAUUGAAAAUGGUACGACGCCAUUUGGGAAUUUGUAUUUUGAUUUAAUUCGGUUAUCUUCUAGAUGUAUUGGUUGGUCCUACGAUAAUGUAAACCAGCCGCAAGUAUCACUUAAAAAGGGUUUAUAUAACGAUGUAGGCGGUACCGAAAAUCUAAAUGGUUUUUAUGAAGAAAAUCAUUUUUGGCAAAGUAUGUAUAAAUGGUGGCAAAUUGAUAAAUAUGCAACUUCAAAAAUUGAUUCAAAAACACCACUGAGUUCUGAAGAAAACAAAUUGCUCGCCGAAUUAAAUAAAGUCGAAAACCAUGUCGACAACUGGUAUUAUCCUGGUGGUAAAGUAUUCUCUAACCUUGAUAAUUACUCACAACAAAAGUUACAAAGUUUAUUUCAAUGCAAAGAGAAGAAAACUACAGACAUAUUUUUAAAUAACAUUCAAAAUAACAAAAAAGAAAUUUUCCAAUCCAUCCGUACAAAAACAUUUUUUUCAAAAAAUCUACAACGCGGCGCUUGUGUAAACUCAGCUUUUGAUAGGUAUGUUAAUUUCAGUAUGAAAAGAAGACAUUUGUUUCCAUCACGAGAUAUAUUUCCUUAUGGGCGGGAUGAUUGGUCAGGAAUGAAGUUCAAUGAAGUUAACCACCACAUUUUGUUUCCUUUAACACUGGAAUAUUUUAUCUCAAAGCGUUUACAUGAAGCCGUAAAAACUUCUAAAAAUUUCAAUAAUACUACGAAAAAAACCGAGACCGAUAUAUUAUAUAAAAACUUAAACAUUCCUUUUAAAUAUACAAAUAAAGAAAAAAUUUCUACAUUUACUAAGUUAUUUCGAAUUUUAGAAAUUGAAGGCUGGGAUGAGGGUAGUAGCUUAGGAAACACUGAUCAUUUACUAAAUUUAAACGAAGGCUACACGCAAUCAGUAUAUUUAAUCAGAAGAGAGUUAUCUCAAAACAAAAAAUUUUUUAAAAGACUUCUUAAAACAGCGCGAUGGUACAAUGAGGUUGGUGAACUACAUCAAAUAUCAUUUCCAAACAAAGGCACAACUGCAGACAAAGGCAAAAACGUACUGGGAAAAUUACUUUUAAUUCUUUCAAGCCCUCAAAAAACAAUACACGAAGCUCGUCAAAAAAUUCAAGAUGCUAAAAGAUUGAAAGCAUGGGCUGAAAACGCUCUUGAGAUAAAUGAAGCAUACGCUGGAAUAAUUAAACCAGACUUCACAGGAUAUCAUCAUAAAGGAGUAUAUAUGUCUGCGUAUUCAUCAGAAGCUAUGCAUGCAUUUUCAAUAUUGGCAUAUUUUUUGCGGAAUACAUCAUUUUCAAUAUCAGAUCAAAGUCUUUACUAUUUGACUGAGGCACUUAAAACUAUACACUUGAUGUCUAAUUCACUGACUAUUCCACUGGGAGUAUCAGGAGCCAAACUUGCUAAUAGUCUAGUUAUGAAUCAAUUGAUGCCGGCAUAUGCUUAUAUGUCAUUAUCCAAAAGUAAUACAUCUAUUGACAAAAGCAUGGCAUCAAUCUUUUUGAAACUUUACGACAAAAAAAAUCCAUUUAUUGAGUAUGCUCUUGAAAAAGGAGAUAUUGAUCAAUCUUCUAGAUACUUUAACUCAAUUGGUAGUGUUAGUAUAAUGAAGAAUCUUCAGCAAAAAGCAACUUUAGAAAAUAUUAAAUCAAUAAAAACUCCUCGUGGUCAUUGGUUUUUCAGUUUUGCAUCAUUAUCAUUGCACCGCCGUAAAAAUUGGAGUGUAACAGUCAAGGGUUUUAGCAAAUACACUUGGGAUUUUGAAUCUUUGAUUAAUCAAAACGUUUACGGAAGGUUUUUAAGUCAUGGCCAUAUCAGUAUAAUAAACGGAGUAAGUUCUUUACCUGAUAUUUUUAACGGAUGGGAUUGGAAUCGUAUUCCAGGAACAACUACAAUAGAGUUAGAAUUGCCAGAAUUAAUCUCCCACGGCGAAAGCAGAUAUUUUACAAGCAAAACAACAGUAGGGGGUUCUCCAUUCGGAAAAAAAAAAUCUGAGCAUGGCGUUUUUGUCAUGGAUUUUGAGCAGCCUCGAUAUCAAAGUACUUUUUAUAAGCAGAAUCCAAACACCUUUUCGUUUAAAAAAUCGUUUUAUUUUAUUGACGAUAUUAUUAUUUGUCUCGGAUCAAACAUUCAACAAAAUGGUAUUAAAAAUCGAAACGUUAUUACUACAUUGUUUCAAGAAAGGCUUUAUGGAGAGAGCUUUAUUAAAUUAAAUGGAGAGAACUGCAGUUAUCCAAGUAAUCGUAUUGUUAAUGGAUCAGCAUAUUUUUUAGACGGACAAAAUAACGGAUAUGUUAUUCCAAGAACAAGUUCAAAUUUGUUGCAUUUAAAAAUUGGUUUAAAUAACAAUACAAGAAAAAGAAACGGAGAAAAAGUCAGUGAUCCAAAGGUAUACGCUUCACUAAUCAUUCAACAUGGAGUAGAGCCAGUUAAUGCAUCAUACGAAUAUGUUAUUCAAAUUGCGACCAAUGAAAAACGCGUUCAUUUGUUAGCAGAAACAAUAAACCAGGUUUAUAAAGUCAUACAAAAAGAUAGCGUGGCUCAUGUUGUUCAUUUUAUUCAAUCGUCGACUACAUCUUAUGUCAUUUUUGAUGCACUAAACUUUGUAGGAAAUGAAUCAUCAGAUUUUGUUUACAAAGUUAACCGAGCCAGUAUUGUUACAGUUAUUGAUGAAGGCAAAUUUUUUAUUAUUUCAGUGAUGGAUCCAGAUUUGCGUCGAUUUGAUAAACAUAUAUCUAACUCAAAGAAUAUGAAACAAAAGAUUUUUUACAGCUCUAGAAGUCAACCUGAGUGGUUAAUUUUAUCUCUGAAUAAACAUUUAAAUUAUGUUUCUGCAAAAUGCCCUGCAAAUUUGAAGAAAACAAUCACGUUUUAUAAUGAUUUUAUAUUAUCAGGUAGCGUGAAGCCGCACGUUAAACUUCAACUGUCACAUGGCCACACUUGUAAAUUAAAAUUUAAAAAACAAUAUUUGUGAAGGUGCUAAACUACCUCAUGACUUUAAUCUCAUGCACUUACUAAAUGAGAAACUUUUUAAGCUCACUGUCUAAUCUGACAAUAAAAGUUUUAACACAAGUAUAACAUUUUAUUUUUGAAAGAUAUUUGCAACAAAAUUA